CGGGGAAGAAGUCGGAAGUCCGGCGGGCUCCGGGAGUCGAGAUGGAGGAGAGCGAGUACGAGUCGGUUCUCUGUGUCAAACCGGAGGUUCAUGUCUACCGCAUCCCGCCGCGGGCCACCAACCGUGGCUACAGGGCUGCGGAGUGGCAGCUGGACCAGCCGUCAUGGAGUGGCCGGCUGCGAAUCACUGCAAAAGGGCAGGUGGCCUACAUCAAGCUGGAGGACAAGACCUCAGGGGAGCUCUUUGCCCAGGCACCAGUGGAUCAGUUUCCUGGCACAGCCGUGGAGAGUGUGACGGAUUCCAGCAGGUACUUUGUCAUCCGCAUCGAAGAUGGAAAUGGGCGACGGGCAUUUAUUGGAGUUGGCUUCGGGGACCGAGGCGAUGCCUUUGACUUCAAUGUUGCACUACAGGACCAUUUCAAGUGGGUGAAACAGCAGUGUGAAUUUGCAAAACAAGCCCAGAACCCAGACCAAGGCCCCAGAUUGGACCUGGGCUUCAAGGAGGGCCAGACUAUCAAGCUCAACAUUGCGAACAUGAAGAAGAAGGAAGGAGUCGCCGGGGCUCCCCGAGCCCGGCCAGCCAGCACAGGAGGACUGAGCCUGCUUCCUCCUCCCCCAGGGGGAAAGGUCUCCACCCUCAUCCCUCCCCCUGGAGAGCAUCUGUCUGUGGGGGGACCCCCCGCCCAGCCAGCAGUCGCUCCCAGCUCAGGAGGUGCCACCACGUCCUGGCCGCAGCCCAAGCCUGCCCCCGCUGAUGUCUGGGGAGACUUUACCAAAUCCACAGGGUCAACAUCCAGCCAGGCACAGCCAGGCACAGGCUGGGUCCAGUUCUGACCUGAGCAUGCUCUUUUCCUCAUACGACUUCUGGAAAGGAGCCACUUCAUCUGGGCCAGAGGAAGGAGGACGAAGCACUCCCUGCUGGCCUCUGUGUUUGGAGCAUGUCUCUCUCUCCUCCUUGCCUGGCUCCUUC